CAAUAGUAUCUGCGUGGGAAGAGGAGAGGAGGGGCCUGGCCUGGGAAUCCGCUGCUUCCCAUUCCAGGCGCAGGGGCACAACAUGGCGGAUUAGGAGGCAACCGACGCGCCCGGAUACAGCGAACAAAUCGUGGGAUAGUGCUUCCCUGUGCCGCGGAGACGCCAGGAAUACACGUUUCUGCAUAGGAGGAUCUAUGAUAAAACUGGCUUGCACUUUUACGGUUUCUUCAGACAUGCGUUUUGGAUACAAGUAAGCUCUUCGUUCCGCUGCCCUCUCCAAAUUGGCUGUCUGUCCGAGACCAUUCCUAUCACCCAGGCCCCCCACCCCGAACACACUCUCGGUUCCUUGGGUGUGGAGACAGGGGCCGGGGAAGUGGAAAACAAUCGCACUUUAUCUGGAGCAUCAAGCUGCAUAGUACGUGACGGGGUGUCGAGGAGAUCAUUGUGCGAAUGAGUGAGUGAUGCAGGUUUCGUUUCUUCAGGGCAGGAUGGGUGUAGGUCCUCUGCUCCUGCUGAUACAUGUGGCCUGUGUGGCCUUCAGCUCGGCUCAGGAUGGCCCUGACUCUCCAGGUGUAGUCCUGACCAUCAAACCUACAGAGCCUCCUCCUUCAACACCCUCAAAAAUAGUCACCCAGGAGCCCCCAUCAGCAACCCCAGUUGCGACGCCGUCCCCUGAACUUCUAGCCACGACAAGCUCCAAUGAAUCUGUGGGCGUGGUGACCCCAUGGGUUUCCACAAAACCACCAUUUGUUCCCCCUUCAACUCAGUCUGUCCCAAGUGAAGCUCCACCUGCCCCUUUAACCCCAUCUGCUGUGUCACCGUCCAACACCACCAGUACUGAGGUUAAUGAGACGACUGUUUUAACUACAGAAAUCCCAUCAACUGAUCUAUCAACCCCAGAGGCUGAAACUUUUACUACGAUCGCCUCUACAGAUCCCACCAAAACUGUCAGCAAGCCUCCAGAUGAUGGUGGUCAAGAUGACACAGCAAUCAUGGCGGUGAUGGUUGCCCUGUCUUCUCUUCUGGUGAUCGUCUUCAUCAUCAUAGUGCUGUACAUGUUAAGGUUUAAGAAGUACAAGCAGGCAGGGAGCCACUCCAACUCUUUCCGGCUGACCAAUGGCAGAGCUGACGACACAGAACUUCAGAGCGUGCCACUACUGGCCCGCUCGCCUAGCACCAACAGGAAGUACCCGCCCCUUCCUGUCGACAAGCUAGAGGAGGAAAUGAACCGCCGAAUGGCCGAUGACAAUAAACUCUUCCGGGAGGAAUUCAAUGCGUUGCCUGUAUGUCCUAUUCAGGCUUCAUGUGAUGCUGCCUCAAAAGAGGAAAACAAGGAGAAGAACAGAUACGUCAACAUCCUGCCAUAUGAUCAUUCCAGGUUGCAUUUGACCUCUCUUGAGGGCGUUCCUGACUCCGACUACAUCAACGCUUCUUACAUAAACGGAUACCAGGAAAAGAACAAAUUCAUUGCCGCACAAGGGCCAAAGGAGGAAACGGUGAAUGAUUUCUGGAGGAUGAUCUGGGAACAGAACACUGCCACCAUCGUCAUGGUAACCAAUCUGAAAGAGAGGAAAGAGUGUAAAUGCGCUCAGUAUUGGCCGGAUCAGGGAUGCUGGACGUACGGAAAUAUCCGGGUGUCGGUGGAGGACAUGAUGGUUCUAGUUGACUACACUAUCCGCAAGUUCUGCAUUCAGCAGGUGGGGGACUUGUCUGGUAAAAAGCCCCAGAGGCUUGUCACACAGUUUCACUUCACCAGCUGGCCGGAUUUCGGAGUUCCUUUCACUCCCAUCGGCAUGCUUAAGUUCCUCAAAAAGGUGAAAACGUGCAACCCGCAGUACGCUGGACCCAUAGUGGUACAUUGCAGUGCUGGGGUGGGCAGAACGGGGACCUUCAUCGUAAUAGAUGCCAUGCUGGAUAUGAUGGGAGCGGAGAGGAAGGUAGACGUCUUUGGUUUCGUCACGCGGAUCAGAGCUCAGCGCUGCCAGAUGGUCCAAACUGACAUGCAGUAUGUGUUCAUAUUCCAAGCUUUGCUAGAGCACUACCUGUAUGGGGACACCGAGUUGGAAGUGACGUCUUUGGAGUCUCACUUGGCCAAACUCUAUGCCCCUUUACCAGGGGGCGGUGGUACAGGACUGGAGGCCGAGUUUAAGAAACUCACCUCCAUAAAAAUCCAGAAUGACAAGAUGAGGACUGGGAAUCUGCCUGCCAACAUGAAGAAGAAUAGAGUUUUGCAAAUCAUUCCAUAUGAGUUUAACAGAGUGAUCAUCCCUGUCAAACGAGGGGAGGAAAACACAGACUAUGUCAACGCCUCUUUUAUAGAUGGCUACAGGCAAAAGGACUCAUACAUGGCGUGUCAAGGGCCGCUGCAGCACACCAUUGAAGACUUCUGGAGGAUGAUCUGGGAAUGGAGAAGCUGCUCUAUCGUAAUGCUGACUGAGCUGGAGGAGAGAGGACAGGAGAAAUGUGCUCAGUAUUGGCCUAGCGAUGGUGUGAUGGUUUGUGGGGACAUAUCCAUUGAGCUAAAGAGAGAGGAAGAAAGCGAGAGCUACACUGUUAGAGAUCUUCUUGUCACCAAUAACAGAGUGAGUCCACUUCAGAGUCUCAAAAAUCAUCUCACAAAGUUUCUUAGCAUCGGGUGCAGUUCUGACCCCUUUCUUUUUGCGGCGCAGGAAAAUAAGUCCCGCGCCGUGAGGCUGUUUCAUUUUCACGGCUGGCCGGAGGUGGGCAUCCCCUCAGAUGGGAAGGGCAUGAUCAACAUCAUUGCUGCAGUUCAGAAACAGCAGCAGCAGUCUGGAAACCAUCCAAUCACUGUGCACUGCAGUGCCGGUGCAGGGCGUACAGGGACAUUUUGUGCUCUGAGCACAGUCCUGGAGCGUGUGAAGGCAGAGGGCAUUCUAGAUGUUUUUCAGACGGUGAAGAGUUUGAGACUACAGAGACCGCAUAUGGUGCAGACACUGGAGCAGUACGAGUUCUGCUACAAAGUGGUUCAGGAAUAUAUCGAUGCCUUUUCUGACUACGCCAACUUUAAGUAAAGCCACACCCACCUGAUGAUGACGAUUGGACAGACUUUCUCCGUCUUAUGCACUCACGUUCAUACUCUUACAUACACAUGAAAUACACGACUGGGGAAACAAACAGACUGCCAAAGCAAAAGGGAAUGAAAAUCAUUUGCCCGACAAGGACGAAAAUAGACGAUGGUGCCGAGGAUGGAAACACAAACACCAUUAGAGUUGCCUUUUGAAAUAUUUUGUAAUAUUGCUCUUGUUAAUAUGGCCCUUACCCAUUUCUCUCAGUGUAAAUACGCUCUUGUAAUGUUUUUGGUUUUAGAAGCCAUUUCGCUGCGAUUUUAGAGUGACCUUUCUAAUAUAGUUUACCGAUAUAUAUAUAUAAAUACAUAAGUAUUUUAAAAUUACCAUACAGAUGCAAAAGAUCAGGAAAAAAAUUGCUUUUUCCACAUGGUGGUGUUUUUUAUGAGAAAUUACUUUCUUUUGUCUUUGCAGUUGAGUGGCUGAAAUGUAUUUGAGUGGCAGCUCGACAUUUUUUUGCUGUCACCUGUAGCUGUGUAGUGCGUGACGUAACAUGAACGAACUCAACGCCACAUCAAAACGCACACCCAAGUCGUCACAUUCUCAAAAUGCAUUAACAAAGUCACGUGUGCAAUUGCGUUCCACUUCACUGUGCUUUUCUAUUGUGUUUACCGGAGUGAAACAAAAAUCGUUUUAUUGGCUGAUGAUGUCACCUCCGUGCUGUCGUCACGUGACAGGGACCCUUUUUGUAGGUGGCUUAAACCUUCAAACUCUCAGAUGAUGUUCAGACUGAGAUUUGCGUGUAUUGUCAAGUGUGUGUUUGUGAUAUCCAUGCUGUUACACUGGCACUGUGUAUGUAUGCCAGACACAGCUAGUAUUCUGUCUGUCUAGACUACAAUGAGUAUAGAGGAAGAUUAAAAAACACAAUCACGCUAAACAAAAAAUCCCUGAGUGUUACACGGUCUCAAGUCUAAAUACAGUUUAUUCUCAUCGGUAAAGUUUUAGUUGAUUCUUUUUAUUUUUGCACAUUUCCCUUAAUUGCUCUCAAAGAUGUGGUUUAGCUCACAAGACUUUGUUAUUUGAAUUUGUUGUGAAAGGGACAGUUCAUCCAAAAAUGAAUGUUUUCAGGACGUUUACUCAGGCGAUUUCGAACCCGUAUGACUUUAAUCUGUAGGAACACAAUAGCAGGAUUGUACUGCUGGUAGCUCCUGCAAAACGUUCCCAUGGGGCUGAGGCUUUUAAACAGAAUGUAGAAAUACAAAAAAUGCUAUUAAUGAAUACUUACAAACCUAUAAAUCAUAUAGUUCAUACAACUUGUACGCUAUCUUUUAGUGUGAGGAUUUCAUUUGGUGUUUGUUAAUACUAUUGCCCUCAAAAAUAUUAAAGGAAAACACCACCAUUUUUCAAUAUUUUACUAUGUUCUUACCUCAACUUAGAUGAAUCAAUACAUACCUAUCUUUUUGCAAUGCGUGCACUUAAUCUUUGUACAGCGCCUCGUGAAUGUGUUAGCAUUUAGCCUAGCCCCAUUCAUUCCUAUGGCUCCAAACAGGGAUUAAUAUAGAAGCUUUCAAACACUUCCAUGUUUUCUCUAUUUCAAGACUGUUGCAUAAGUAGUUACACGAGUAAGUAUGGUGGCACAAAAUAAAACUUUUGUUUGGAGCCAUAGGAAUGAAUGGGGCAAGGCUAAAUGCUAACACAUUCCCGAAG